AUGCGGAAAGGUCGUGCAAUUUUUGUUGGUUGCUGCAAGCAGAAGUUCAAUGACGAGGGACAGUGGGCUGGUGGUUCUAUAUCGUACGCGAAACAGGCUGAGAUGCGCAAGUUAUAUUCAGGAUCCAUGGAAAAGGCUGCCCUUUUUCUGCAUCGGAAGGGAUAUUAUGGGCCAGCGGGUAUAGACAUACUCACAAGCCCAUCGGGAGAGCAGUACAUCAUUGACCUCAACGUUCAAAUCACGGGAACGUUUAAUCUCGGACUGGUCGCAGGACACUUCACUAAACGUGGCAUGAAUAGAGCCAUGGUGGAGGCUGCGUACUUUUCCUGUUCGAGGGUGAAGUUUAAGGAGAUCUUUGCACGUGAAAUGCGCGAGGGACGCAUCAUCAUCACGGCCUGGACUUAUAACGAGCGCCUGGAGCUGAGCUUUGGAGUCUUUAUCAUCGGAGGGAGCACCUCGGGCGAAAUCAAGUGGCAGCUUAUGCAGGUUUAG